AUGAACGAUGCCGGUAUGGGAAACUGGAGGGGGCCGCACAUGGAAGUGAAUGCCUCAGUUCCUCACAGCGGCGGCCCAAUAAUGACGCCCGCCGACGCCUACCGCGCUGCUCACGGCUCAAUUCUUAAACUCCAACAGGGUUUGAUUGGCCAUGAGGAACAAGUAAUGGGAGUAGUGCAUCACAUUCACUCUCUUGUCAGCGUGAUUGAAUCUCUACGGAAGCAUUAUGAAACGGUGGUAGAGGAACGGGAUUACAUUAAACGAACUCUGGAGGAGGCGGAGGAACGUUUGAAGGGUGUUCAGCGCUUACUGCAGCGCUACACGUCGGUAAAUGAUCCCGUGGUUGCCUCGGAUGGGUACACUUACGAGCGGGAAGCGAUCACCUCAUACCUGGAGGAGUGCCAGUCGAUGAAUAAUGUACCCGUGUCGCAACAAACAGGGGAGGAGCUGACGAUGAUGUUACUUCCCAAUCGUUCUUUCCAGCGUUUUUUAAGCCAAUUAAUGGACGCAAAACCAGUGGAGGGCCGACACAGCAGCGGUAGCAGUGGAAACAGCAAGACUAACGCUACUGCCAUAAACACAGGUUCAGCAAAUGGACAGAACACCGUAAGGGAAGAAAUUGGAGGUGAAGACACUUCAGCGGGACCUAACAGUGAGCGAUUGCACCCAUGCAUUCGGGUGUAUGGCUACUGCAACUAUAAGGAUAGUUGUGCUUAUGCGCUUUACCCAUAUGAUGCUUGUCUUUCACAUUUAAAGGGGAAAUGCCGAUUCCGCUCGCAGUGCCACGAGCGUCACGUGGACUUCCGUGGUCAAUUAAAUCAGGGCGAUGCUGGUGGUGACACUCGAGGUGGUGGUUAA